AUGGGACUUUCGAAGUUAGUCGAUAAAAUGAGAAGCCACUCGGUGGCUUCCGUCAAUGCUGCUGAUCCUCCGGUGGAUGCUGGCCAACCUCCUCUGAGGAAACAGAUCUUUAGGGCCAGGUACAACUUUGGACCUAACUUUGGUGCUCUUUUCGUGGGAGAAAAGUGGAUUUACCAUUCGAUUUUCCCUGAUGGCGCUGAGACUGAACUUCAGGCCGCUGAGGGUAAUAUCAAGGCUUUGGGCGUGGAUAAGGCCAGGGAGAAGUAUGAGAACCACUGGAAGCACUAUGUGAAUGAUGACGACUGGCAGUGGCUCCAGGAUAACGGUGUGACUGCUAUUAGGCUUCCAAUUGGUUACUGGAACAUCGACGGCGGUAAAUAUACCAAGGGAACCAAGUUCGAGAAGGUUGCUGGCGUUUACAAGAACUCGUGGGAGAUCAUCAAGAAGAACUACAUCGAGCCUGCUGGGCGUUUUGAUAUUGGUGUUUUGAUUGAUAUCCACGGUUUGCCAUACGGCGCUAACGGUAACGACCAUAGUGGUGAAACCAACAACGGUAAGGCUGAGUUCUGGAAUAAGUCCUCGGCCCAGAACUUGGUUAUCGAUGCUCUCAAGUUCUUGGCUGGCGAUAUCGCCAACUACGAGAACGUUGCAGGUAUUCAGAUUGUCAACGAAGCGGAAUUCUCGAACGGCGCCUCGAAACAGAAGAAGUACUACGCUGACGCCAUCAAUGCUAUUCGUGCUGUGGAUAAGUCUGUUCCUGUGGUCAUUUCUGAUGGCUGGUGGCCAGACCAGUGGGUGAAAUGGGUCCAGGAUAACCAGGAUAUCGGCACCACCAUUGGUGUUGUCGUUGACCACCACGUUUACCGCUGUUUCGAUGGUAACGACAAGAAGAAGGACCCUAACCAGAUCACUGACGAUUUGGAAGGCGAUCUUCUUACUAACCUCACUGAUGACGGUAACGGUGUUGAUUUUAUGGUCGGCGAAUGGUCUUGUGUUUUGGACGGCGAUUCCUACUCUAAGGCCGGCUUGGAUCCAAACGACUACGGUAACCAGAAGAGAGCUGAGCUUUCCAGUCGUUUCGGUGGCAGAAUUGCCGACCUUAUUUUCAAGCGUGCUGGUGGUGGUUCCUACUUCUGGACUUACAAGUUUGAGUCAGGCAACGGUGGCGAAUGGGAUUUCCGUCAGCAAUUGCACAACAGUUUUGCUCCUCCAAAGAUUACUGUUCCUGAUGACAACAAGUUCAAUGAAGUUCUUGAAGGCAAUUUCAAGGCACAUUCCGACUACUGGAACCUGCAGAAUCUGAACGAGAAGUACGAACACGACCGUUACAAGGAAGGUUUCACUGUUGCCUGGAGAGACAGCGUUGAGUUUGCUAAACAAGGCUCUCUUCUUGGACGCAGACAAGCAGUCAAGUGUGCCCGUUUGAAGGAGCACAUUGACGCCAAGGGCAAAUCGAAGUUCCUCUGGGAGUGGGAACAGGGCUACGAUAAGGGGAUUGAAGAGUUCAACAAUUUGUAA